CUCGCCUCCCGUAUUGCACACCUCAAACUCCGGCUCGCACCCCUCGUGCCCCUACCUACCGGAGCUCCACACCCAGACUUCCCGCGCACACUCCUAGACUACCAUCUCUUGACCGAGGAACAACUCGACGGUAUCGCCUCUUACUACCAUCAAUCAACCCCCAGCAUCUAUACACACCAAUACCCAGCAUGCAUGAAUUGGGACAAAGAUAUGCUAGCCAAACGUCGAGCUAGUGUAGCCCAACACCUGCGUCGAGCAAGCCAAAGACGCAAGUUUGGGAAAUUUAUCGGCUUGUUGAAUUGUGAGACUCCGGUU